CCUUUCUUCUGUGAAGAAUAUGGCCGACAUUUUGAUACUGCUGUCAUGAAGAUUCCCAGUGACAAAAUCUAACUUUGUAGUUCUUCAUGCACGGUUUUAUGUUCCAAUAGAGUUUUAUUUUUUUUAAUUGCAUAGACGGUGUUUAGUGUAAGAAAUUUGGUUUCCAAAAUGGCAGCUGAUCGUGAAAUAGCUGCUGAAGAUAGCAUUAGAGUUGUAUGCCGAUUUCGGCCUUUGAAUGACUCCGAAGAAAAAGCUGGUUCCAAAUUUAUUGUGAAAUUUCCAUCAGGUCCCGAUGAUAACUGUAUUUCCAUAGGGGGAAAAGUUUAUUUGUUUGACAAAGUAUUUAAACCAAAUGCAACCCAAGAGAAAGUAUACAAUGAGGCAGCAAAGAGUAUUGUAUCUGAUGUACUGGCUGGAUACAAUGGGACAAUAUUUGCUUAUGGUCAAACAAGCUCUGGAAAAACACAUACAAUGGAAGGUGUCAUAGGUGAUCCAGGGAAACAGGGUAUUAUUCCAAGGAUAGUCAAUGAUAUUUUCAACCACAUUUAUGCAAUGGAAGAAAAUUUGGAAUUCCACAUAAAAGUUUCAUACUUUGAAAUCUAUAUGGAUAAAAUCAGAGAUCUCUUAGAUGUCUCGAAAGUUAACCUUAGUGUUCAUGAAGACAAGAAUCGUGUCCCAUUUGUCAAAGGUGCUACCGAACGGUUUGUGUCAAGUCCCGAAGAAGUGUUUGAAGUUAUAGAGGAAGGCAAAUCAAAUAGGCAUAUUGCAGUAACAAAUAUGAAUGAACAUUCAUCCAGAUCUCAUUCAGUCUUUCUCAUUAAUGUGAAACAAGAAAAUUUAGAGAAUCAGAAAAAACUGUCAGGAAAAUUGUAUUUAGUGGACUUGGCUGGUUCUGAAAAGGUGUCUAAAACUGGUGCUGAAGGUACUGUGCUUGAUGAAGCAAAGAAUAUAAACAAAUCAUUGUCCGCUCUGGGUAAUGUCAUCUCUGCCUUAGCAGAUGGUAACAAAUCUCACAUCCCAUACAGAGAUUCAAAACUAACCCGUAUCUUACAAGAGUCACUCGGUGGUAAUGCCAGAACCACUAUUGUCAUCUGUUGUUCCCCAGCCUCGUUUAAUGAGAGUGAAACAAAGAGUACCCUUGAUUUCGGUAAAAGAGCUAAGACUGUGAAGAAUGUUGUAUGUGUGAAUGAGGAACUCACUGCCGAAGAAUGGAAAAGACGCUAUGAAAGAGAAAAGGAGAAAGUGGCUAGGCUUAAAGGAAAGGUUGAAAAACUUGAAGCGGAAAUUAACCGUUGGCGUUCUGGUGAAACUGUACGACCGGAAGAACAGGUCAACCUACAGGAGAUUGAAGCUGUUACUCCUGUCACCUCCUUCAUUGAAGAGAAACCACCAGCACCACCAGUACCAGUGGCUGUUGCUAGCGUGGUUGAAGAUGCGGCCAUGCAAGGCAAGCUGGAAGCACUUUACCAACAACUGGAUGACAAGGAUGAGGAGAUCAACCAACACUCUCAGCUUGUGGAGAAACUCAAGGAACAGAUGAUGGAGCAGGAAGAACUUAUUGCUUGCACAAGGCGUGACUACGAAGCCCUACAGGGUGAUAUGAACCGAAUCCAGCAGGAAAAUGAGGCCGCCAAGGAGGAGGUCAAGGAGGUUCUUCAGGCUCUGGAGGAGCUGGCCGUCAACUACGACCAGAAGUCGCAGGAGGUUGACAGCAAGAGUCGUGAGUGCGACCAACUAUCUGAGGAGUUACAGACAAAACAGAGUGCGCUGGCUACUGCAACAUCGGAACUGCAACAAUUGCGUGACCUUUCCGCACACCAACGUAAACGCAUUGCGGAACUUCUCACCAACCUGCUUCGUGAUCUGGCUGAGAUUGGUGCAGCAGUUGGUGGCUCCGAGUUGGACUUCAAGUUGAACGUUGAUACUGUUGGUAAACUAGAGGAGGAGUUCACCGUUGCUCGGCUGCAUAUCAGCAAGAUGAAGAGUGAGGUUAAGAACAUUGUGCAGCGCUGCCACUCUCUGGAGACUGCUAAUAUUGACGCUAAUCAGAAGAUUGAGGAGUACGAGCGCUCUUUGGGCGAGUGCCGGCUACUGAUAUCUCAGCACGAGGCGAGAUGCGCGUCUCUCGCAGAGUCCAUGCGCGAGGCCGAGAACAAGAAGCGCCAGCUCGAGGAGGCGGCGGAUGCUCUGCGCGAGGAAUGCGCACGCCUGCAGGCUGCGGAGCGCGUGCAGCUGGCGGCGGCGGAGCAGCGCGCGGACUCUCAGCUGCGCGGCGCGCUCGAGGCCCAGCUGGAGCAACUGCGCGCCUCCCACACAACUCAGCUGUCGGCGCUGCGCGACGAACUGGCCGCGCUGCAGCGACAGCACCAGGAGCUCAAGGACACGUACCAGGAGUUGACGUUGGCUCGCCAACAGCUACAAGACGACUACGACAAACUGAAGCGCGAGGAGGCCGACAAGUCCGCCAAGCUGAAGGAGCUAAUUCAAAGUGUGGAGCGCCGCGAGCAGGCGCGCGCCGACCUCAAGGGGCUGGAGGACACGGUCGCCAAGGAGCUGCAGACGCUGCACAACCUGCGCAAACUAUUCGUGCAGGACCUGCAGGCUAGGAUAAAGAAGUCGACCAACCCCGAGGAGAGUGCGGAGGAGGAGGGCGGUUCUCUGGCGCAGAAGCAAAAGAUCUCAUUCCUGGAGAACAAUUUAGAGCAACUAACGAAGGUGCACAAGCAGCUGGUGCGCGACAACGCAGACCUGCGCUGCGAGCUGCCCAAGCUGGAGAAGCGGCUGCGUGCCACCAUGGAGCGUGUCAAGGCGCUCGAGACUGCGCUCAAGGAAGCGAAGGAGGGCGCGAUGCGCGACCGCAAGAGAUACCAGUUCGAGGUGGACAGAAUCAAGGAGGCUGUGCGAGCCAAGAACCUCGCCAGGAGAGGACCCCAGGCGCAAAUCGCUAAGCCGAUCCGUGCGGGCGGCGGACACCUGGUGAGCGGCGGCGCGCCCGGCGUGGUGCGGCCCGCGCCUGCGCAGGACAUCAAGCGCAAGUCCAUCAUCGUCGGCGGACGAGAUGAAAGUUGAAGAGAUUGUCGAAGUCACCAUAGUGAACCUAAAUGAAAUUUCGUAGAUGUAUGGCGGCAAAAUCGUUUCGAAAAAAAAAGUUAUAUCCAUAUUAAUAUAAUUACUACUUUGUGUUUACGAAAAGCCUAAUUAAUAAGUUGCAACAAAAAAUAACAAAAAUAUAGUAGAAUCCUCUAAGGCUUAACCUUUCGACUAUCUAAUCUUAAUGUCACUAAGUGCACACGUAUUUAGAAAGCUUGUCGCUGUGUAUGUAGGGCCGCGCGCCGCGCCCACACCGGCCCUGGGCGUGGGCGCGGCGCCGCGUCGCCCACUGUUACUCUCUUUACCUAUGUAUGGGUUCUCACUAUAGUAUUAUUGUAUUCUGAUACAGAGCUUUGUUCUAAAUGUCGCUCUAUUAAAAUGAAUUGGAUAAAAAAUAUUUUUAUGAUGAAAUGACAAAAAGUAUUACAUUUAGUCCCUACACUAUAAUGUUCUAUGCGCAUCGCUUUUGUCCCGUAUCAAAUGUUUUGAACUUGUGUAUUUUGUGGGAAGAAAUGGCCAAGCGAGGGCGGAAGGGGAAGGCAGGGUGUGGAGACAUUCAGCAGUACAAAGAUCGCCGAGCCAGUUACCAGUACAUUUGUGAAAUUAUAGAGAGCUAUGAGACGACUGCCGCUCCCAUUUCUUCCCGGCGGGAUACAAACAGCAUAAAUUGUUCAAUAGAUGCAAUAUGUCAUUAUAUUUAAGGAAACGCUGUGAACGUUCGCAGGCUCGCGUGUGCUGCCGCACAAAUAUUUUUAUUUAAAUGACGGUCUCGGCAGAGGCGUACGGGCACGUGCAUCUUAUCAAUGUGUAGUUGUAGUGUAAGCUUCUUUAAUAUAUAUUUUUAUAUAUUGUGAUAAGCGUUGUUAUGCCGGAAUGCGAGCAUUUAAUAAGUUAACGAAACGACCCUGUCCGGUGCGAGCCGCGAGGUGUGAGGUGCGCGUCGCGACGCCUCGGCGACUUGCUGCACAGCAAGUUCUCUGCCCGCAGGCCCCCCGCGCCCCCCGCGCACCCACCACACACCCGCCGCACACCCCCCGCGCGCCCCCCGCACACACACACACACCGAUUAGCGAGUGAUUUUUAUAUUCGACACUAGAAUAUGGAAAUCUAUUUCGACUAAUAACUUUGUAUCGCUCCGGAUUAUGAACUUUUAAAAUUAACUUUUUGCCGAUUCUUAGUUAUGUAAGCAGUAGACGAUUCCCGGUUUAAAAUGCCAGAGUGCGUUAUUUUAUCGUAGAGUAGGAUUUCAUUCGAUCACCCGACUGUCCGGUCGCCGCUUCAUCUUCACCGUUUGCUUGUGAGCUGUGAUGUUUUUAUUAAUCGAUUAUUUUAUAUCGCGUCUUUCUUCUUAGUAUGUUUAGUCAAUAAAUAGAAGACUUGCAUAUAAAAUAUAUAAACAACGACAAUCACUCGCCCGCGACCCGCAAGGGUAGGCAUUUAAAACACUUUACACAAAUUUAUUUUCUGCCAGUUAAACGAUUCCCCCGCUAUUUAUUUAUUUUAAUUGAUUUUCACCGCGCUCCGUUUGUUUGGUUAAAGUUCUCUAUUCGCUUUAAGAUGCAUUAGCUUCAUAGUAGAUCUGUAACUUAUGUAAGUACUUAUGAAAUAACCAGGUCGCACCGAGUGACGAGACGCGCCUUGCUGCGACCCGCGAGGAGUUAUGGAACUGAGCUCGACAAACGUCUUCUCAAAA